GCAAGGAGCAGCCUGCCAUGGAGAACCACAACUCCUCCAGACUGUCUGAAUUUGUGCUUCUUGGUUUCCCCAAUGUGGGGCGGAUCAAGGGCUGGCUAUUUCUCCUGCUGCUGCUGGCAUACAUGUUCACAGUCUGUGGCAACCUGCUUAUCUUCUUAGUCAUACGACUGAAUACAGCCCUGCACAAACCUAUGUACCACUUUAUCAGUAUUCUCUCCUUCCUGGAGCUGUGGUAUACGGCCACCACCAUUCCCAAGAUGCUAGCUAAUCUUCUCAGUGAGAAAAAGACCAUUUCUUUUGCAGGUUGCCUCCUUCAAACCUACUUCUUCCAUGCUCUAGGUAUCUCUGAAUGCUAUCUUCUCACUGCCAUGGCGUAUGACCGUUACCUGGCCAUCUGCCAGCCCCUCCACUACCCUGCCAUUAUGACCCCAACACUCUGUUUCAAGAUGGCUGCUUGCUGUUGGACAAUAGGCUUCCUGACUCCCAUUACUGAAAUCAGCCUGGUCUCCCAGCUCCCCUUCUGUGGCAACAAUAAAAUUCCACACAUCUUCUGUGACUUCCCACCUCUGCUUGGCCUGGCUUGCAAAGACACGUCCAUUAAUGUUUUGGUCAACUUUGCCAUCAAUUCCUUCUACAUGCUUCUUACCUUUCUCUUUAUUAUGUCUUCUUAUGGAAGAAUUAUUGUGGCUGUCUUUAAGAUAAAGUCAACAGCAGGGAGGAAGAAGGCCUUCUCCACUUGUGCCUCCCAUCUCAUUGUGGUCUUCCUCUUCUUCGGGAGCAUCAUCUUCAUGUAUAUUCGGCUAAAGAAGAGCUACUCACCCACCCUUGACAGGACAUUUGCUGUGGUCUACUCUGUAGUCACACCCCUGGCCAACCCCAUCAUCUACAGUCUUCGUAACAAGGAACUCAUUAGGGCCAUCAAGAAGACCAUCUUCUGCAAAGAGGACAAAACUAGUCCCUCUCACCAUUGA